UUUUAUAAAAAGUCCAAUAGAAAUAAAUUCUAUAUCAGCUUCACCGAAUUCAUCAGAACCUACAGAAUUUACAAGAAGUCCAAGUCCAACAAGAUUAUUUGGUUCUAGCCCAAUCAUCACUGUUCCAUGGAUGCAAGGGAUACCUUUCAAAAGAGAGCGUAAUAAUUCUACAGAUUCUAGCCUAAAUCCACAAAAUAUGCCGCAAAGACCAGAAAGUCCAGCUUCGGCAGUCCAAGGACCUUCUACGCCCUUGUGGGCAGGAAUAAUUGACCCUAAAAUACUUGAAAGUAUAUCUAAAGAAGAACGUAAACGACAAGAAGCCAUUUAUGAAUUAAUAAGCACAGAGCAAAUAUAUCUUCGUGAUCUUCAAAUAAUAAUUAGCGUGUUUUAUGGUCCUCUUCAAAGUCUCCUUUCCGAACAAGAAUUAUCAAUUCUUUUUUGUAAUAUUCAAGACAUUCUAUUAUGUAAUACUGCCAUUCUUAGCGAUCUGGAGCAACGCCAAGAGGAGGAUUCUUAUUUUGUUAGUAAAGUUGGCGAUAUUUUACUCAAACAUUCUGAAGAUUUAACGUUAUAUACGAAAUAUUGUGGUAAUCAACUGAAUGCAAGCAAAUUUUUACAAAAAAAAAGUAGUGUAGAAAAAAAAUUUGCUGAUUUCCUUAAGAAAAGUCAGCAAGAUCCGAAAUGUGGGUCAUUGGAUCUUUCUAGCUUUCUUUUGAAGCCUUUACAACGAAUUACUAGAUAUCCCCUAUUAAUACGUCAGAUAUUGCAUUAUACAAGCAAAGACAAUAACGACCAUCAAAAUAUGAUGCAGGCCCUUCAUAAAGCCGAAAAAAUCUUGGAAGAAACAAACGAGGCAGCACGUGAACAAGAAAACCAGAUGAAAUUGAAAGAGAUAUCAAAUCUUGUGGAAUUAGAAAAUUUAGAAGAGAAACUUGACUUGACUAGUAUGACUCGUCUAGUUGGAAAACGACAAUUUCUUCUUGAAGGAGCGUUAAAGAAAGCUAAAAGUGGACGCAAUUUAAUUGGCUACCUUUUUAAUGAUAUAUUACUUCUUUGUCAUGCGAACAAAAAAGCAACUGCCAAAGGACACAAAUAUUCGUUGUACAAGCCGCCAAUACCUUUGAAUGAAAUAUUUGUAAAAGAUAUUGGACCAGAUGAAACAUGUUUUCAAGUGGUUCAUAUUGAAGAUGUUAUAAACCUUCGAGCAAGUAAUGUGUCUGUAAAACGACAGUGGGUUAAUCAACUUGAAACAGCGAGUGGAUAUUGUUUAGCAAUGGAAAGGAAGAAUCAAAAAGGAGAAAGCUCCUCCUCACCCAUGUAUAAUGACCACAUUAGUGGCACACUCAGGGUUUUAGUGUACGAUGGUGCGGUUCCAUUUGAAAAUGAAAAUUUUAAUCUAAAUGCAUAUUGCCAGGUGCAAUUGAGUAGACAAGUCUUUAAAACAAAAAUUGUUAAAGGUACUCCAUUUCCGCACUGGAAUCAGCAUUUGAUGUUUUCCGUAAUAACACUAGAGGAUACAUUAAAAGUCUCAUUAUUUAAUUUUGAUAAUAAGUACACAACGGAUGAAUAUUUGGGACAAGCAGAAAUUGGUCUACAUUUCCUAUCAUAUUAUGGAGAUAAUGAGACCGAUAAAAUUACAUUAAAAUUAAAGGAUGUACCGCCAGGCAGAACCUCUGGAUCUGUGUCGAUGUUCCUAAGUUAUAAAGCAACCAACUAA